AUGGGUGCUGAAGGUUUUGAUCUGCCGGUGUCACAGGAAGACCUCCGAGAUGAUGAAAAGAAGACCUCUAAAAAUAGAUUUGAUUCUAAUAAUGUGUCAUUUAAGAGAAUGUCAUUAUAUUUAUCUAAACAUAAGAAAUUGAUCACUAUACUUGUGAUUGUGCUGUUUUUGACUUCUUGGUUCAGUGAUUCUAGUUCAUCAUAUGCACACACUAGAGGAUCUGUCAAUUAUGAUAACAAUUCACAUAGUGCAUCGAAAUCAUACGAAUCGUUACCACCAAAUAUGACAAAAUAUCAAUUUAACUGGUGGAAUCCAAUUAGUUGGUUUUGGAACCCGGAUCCAAAAAUAGUUAUUAUAUUAGCUGCAAACCAAGGUGGUGGUGUUUUAAGAUGGAAGACCGAACAAGAUUGGUCUAUUGAACACUUGUCUAUUGGAAAUAAAAAAGCAUACGCAAGAAGACAUGGCUAUGGGUUGACUAUCAAGGAUUUGACUACAUUGAAAAGAUAUUCACAUGAGUUUAGAGAAAGCUGGCAAAAAGUUGACAUUUUGAAACAAACUUUGAGAGAGUAUCCAAAUGCAGAAUGGUUCUGGUGGCUGGAUUUAGAGACUUUGAUCAUGGAACCAAGUUUUUCGUUAGAUGAUCAUAUUUUUUCAAGAUUAGAUACAAUUGCAGACCGUUCAUUGAAGAACUUCAACCCAUUAAACAUUGAAGUAGAUAUUCCAUACAUUGAUUAUAAACAAGAUUUGAACUUGUUAAUUACUCAGGAUUGUGGUGGGUUCAACCUAGGCUCUUUUUUUAUUAGAAAUAGCGAAUGGUCUAAGGCUUUACUAGAUAUAUGGUUUGAACCCAUUGCUUAUGAACAAAAGCAUAUGGAAUGGGAACAUAAAGAACAGGACGCGUUAGAGAAUCUAUACGCUUCUCAACCAUGGAUCCGUUCAGGUAUCGCAUUUUUACCAUUGAGAACAAUUAAUGCAUUCCCACCUGGUGCAUGCUCUGACUUUAGCGAUGAUCCAAGAUAUUUUUACAAACAAAGUGCCAAGGAUUUCGUCGUCAACAUGGCUGGUUGUAAUUAUGGUAGAGAUUGCUGGGGUGAAAUGAGUUACUACUUGAAAAAAAUGGAGAGAAGUAAUGCCAAGUGGUAUACCAGAAACUUCUUCAAAAUUUAA